AUGGCACCCUGCAGCGCAGAGUGGCAGCAGCAGGAGGUCCCGCGGGUCAGGCACUCCUCUGUGUGGGGGCAGGGGAGACUGGACCAUGGACUCCUCUCCAACUCCUUUCUCCGACUUCUCUAUGAGGACUUUAUCAGCUACCGUGUCAUCAGAGACCCCCUCCUCAAUAUCUGUCAGAAGCCCGAUUUUUUGAGUGGCAUCUCCAUGAUGUCCAUCCUGUCUGCCUGCAUCUACUCCGCCCUCAUCCUCCACGACGACGAGGAUAAGAUCAAUGCCCUCAUUAAAGCAGCUGGUGUCAAUGUUGAACCUUUCUGGCCUGGCUUGUUUGCAAAGGCCCUGGCCAAUGUUAACAUUGGGAGCCUCAUCUGCAAUGUAGGGGCUCCAGCAGCCGGAGCCGCACCAGCAGGCGGUCCUGCCCCCUCCACCGCUGCUGCCCCAGCUGAGGACAAGAAAGUGGAAGCAAAGAAGGAAGAAUCCGAGGAGUCUGAUGACGACAUAGGCUUUGGUCUUUUUGACUAGACGUUUUGAUACCAUGGCUAAUAAA